AGGCGGCCUGUCUAUGUGGUCUUGAUCUGCGCAUGCUCUGUGUGACAUUGCUCUCUUCUCUCUCCGUCCCCGCCAAGCUUUUGCCGUGAUAUCCUUGUGACCAACCUCAGCUCACAAUGUACGCCUGUGCUAAACUUGUGUCAAAUCCUUCCUUGUUGAGAAGCGGAGCCUGUCUUCUCUGCCGUCCUCUGACAGCCCCUGUACUGAACUACACCGCACUCAGGACAGAGCAGCAGUUGCUGCCUGUUCCCGCUCGUGGGAUCCAGAGCAGUGCUGUGUGCAGGGACAUUGAUACCGCUGCUAAGUUUAUCGGGGCUGGUGCUGCUACUGUAGGAGUGGCCGGUUCUGGUGCUGGUAUUGGGACAGUGUUCGGCAGCCUCAUCAUCGGAUAUGCCAGGAACCCAUCUCUGAAGCAGCAGCUUUUCUCCUACGCCAUCUUGGGGUUCGCCCUGUCUGAAGCUAUGGGACUCUUCUGUCUUAUGGUUGCUUUUCUUAUCCUGUUUGCAAUGUGAAGAAUUCCAAUCUCUCAUACUCCGGCACUUGUGAUCCAGUACUCUCUGGUUAUGUGUUGAGGACAGAUCCUUCUCUUAAAGGGAAACUAUAGCUAAAAUUAAGAUAUUUCUCCUUUUUAUGAAAACAAUUGGAAGUUUCUUAAAUAUUUAUAUUCACUUCUCAUACAUUGCCAGAAUGUAGGAUAUUUGAGCUUGCAUGUGCUCUUUUGCAGCUGGAAGCAAUUUAUCUUUACAUUUACUUCCUCAAGCACUUUGGGAACAAGAGGUGCAAAGUACUGAUGUUUGUGUAUAAAUAUAUGCGAGUUACAAACUAGUAUCAUGUAGCAGAAAUGUGUAUUUUAUGUAUGGUUUCCCUUUAACAAUCCCACCACAAAAUCUGCCAGAUGACUUUUGAGGAAUAAACAAGUAAUACUAAAACAA